AUGCACUGGCUUCCCCUGGUUGCCAUGGUGAUUGCCUCGGCCCUGCCCUUCCCUCACAGCCCCUUGUCCAGGAUUACUGCCGCGACGACAGAGCCUGGCUCCGACAACCGCAGAGAGCAUCGUCAUGACCCGGCUGCUCGCCUCGCAGCUCCCACCACCAACUACAACUUUCACGGAAACGCCUCGCAGACGGACUUCGACAUGGCUCCUGCUCUUGGCCAACACACCAGCGGACAAAACCUCCAGAACCACAAGGAUUACGUGAAAUCCUCCGCACAUGAAGAGACCUCCGUGUUCAAGGUGGAGAAUCAAGGAACCUACCAAUCAAAUAGCAACUCGGUCGGCGAUGGCAAAAGCAGUGUCAGUUUGGAUGUUCCUACUGAAGGAAGAACACUCAGGACCGAGGGUAUUUCCGAGGAUAAUUCUCGACCAAAGGACUACAAGGCUGACAGCAGCAGCAGCAGCAGGCGAGAAUACUCCGGUUCCAUGGACUCUUCCAAGAAGGACACUGUUCAGGACUCAACAGAUCGACCGUUGCAGGUGUCUGCAGAGGAAAACCAUAAUACUUUAAGCCCUGCAUUAACUCUAAAGGGUCCAAGAGGACCAGAACCAACUGUUCCUUCAGAGCAGGGGUCUAGAAGAGGUCAGGCUGAGCAAAGCUUGAACCUGGAGGCAGGGCUGGGCCUUGGGACUGGGCUGGACAACAUCCUCGAAGGAGACGAGAUGUUUUUGGACGCACAUCCACGAGUCCUGUUCUCACCCUCCCUGUCUCCUCCAGAACACCCCCCUCUUCUUCUAAUGUUGGAGACCGGCCCGCUGGAGGAGGUUGGGGGUGUGGAGGAGCAGGAGGACAUGGAUGGGCACAUCGAGGGUCAUGGGGAUCAGGCAAUCGACAGGAGCACGACUCCGAGUUGGGCCGAUUCUUCCAGAGGAAACGGUGAGGUUGCCCAUCCUGGUAAACGGGAUAAACGCUCGCACUCGAUUGACAGACGGAGAGGGGAAAAGUCAGUAUGCGAGUCGGAAAGCGUUUGGGUUACCGACAAGAAGACGGCCACCGACUCCCAUGGUCAGAAGGUCACCAUCUUGCAGGAAAUCCAAACCCAAACAGGACCACUCAAACAGUUCUUUUAUGAGACUCGCUGUCGCCAGCCCGAGCCGCAGAGCAAAACGGCCAGAUCCAGAUCCCCCCCGAUGGGCGUAGCGGGGUCGGGUUGCUUGGGCGUGGACAAAAGGCAGUGGUUGAGUGAGUGUAAACCCAAGCAGUCGUUUGUACGAGCGCUCACCAAAGACGCAAACAACAGAACCGGAUGGAGGUGGAUCCGCAUCGACUCGUCCUGCGUCUGUGUGCUGCUGUCCAGAACCAAUCAGGCAUCAGGGAGGGAGGUCUUGAUGAGACAGGGGAGAGGGUGA